AAAACUAGAACACGAAACCACGAUGAUGCGAGGCGUACCGUCCAGGCCAAAGCAACAACACCAGCUCAGAUUUGCACCAAUACUUAUUAUUAUACUCAACCUUUUAAUGGCGUCUUCCUUUUCUCUCUCACGCACUCUUUCACUUUCUCUCCUCCGCCCUCGUCCACCCUCACUCUCUCUCCUUCGCUGCCUUUCUUCUUCGUCACGAAACCAUUUCCGCAAAUCCUAUCCUUGUCCUCUCUGGUCUUCUUCCUUUUCCUUCUGCCUUGACCAUUCUCGCCGUCGCACCACCUCUCUUUCUCUCUCCUCCUCAUCUUUCUCUUCCAUGUCUACCACCGCCUCCUCACCAAUCGCUGCUGUUGUCGAUGAUUCGUCGAAUCCUUUGUUGAUUGAGUUCGAAUUCCCGCCUUUCGAUUCGGUCAAACCCGAGCAUGUUCGUCCUGGAAUUCGCGCUGUGUUGAAGCAAGUGGAGAGUGAAUUAGAUGAAUUGGAAAAGACUGUGGAACCUAAAUGGGAGAAAUUGGUGGAUCCAUUAGAGAAAAUUGUUGACAAAUUGAGUGUUGUCUGGGGACUGGUCAAUCAUCUUAAGUCUGUGCAAGAUUGCCCGGAACUUCGCUCUGCUAUCGAAGAAGUUCAGCCAGAGAAGGUAAAACUUGAGCUGAGGUUGGGCCAAAGUAAGCCACUCUACAAUGCGUUCAAGGCUAUCCAAGAGUCCUCUGAUUGGCCGAAGCUGAAUGAGGCUCGUAAAAGGAUUGUUGAAAAUCAAUUGAAGGAGGCCGUUCUCAGUGGUGUUUCUCUCGAAGACGACAAAAGAGACCAGUUUAACAAGAUUCAGCAGGAAUUGCAAAGACUCUCUCAAAAGUUUGAGGAGAAUGUUCUGGAUGCAACCAAGAAAUUUGAAAAGUUAGUCACUGACAUAAAAGAAAUUGAAGGAUUGCCCGCAACUGCUUUAGGGUUGGCUGCUCAAACAGCUGUGUCCAAGGGACAUGAAAAUGCUACUGCUGAAAAUGGCCCAUGGAUUAUAACAUUAGAUGCUCCAAGCUUUACGUCUGUUAUGCAACAUGCUCGAAAUCGCUCUCUACGUGAGGAAGUAUACAGGUCUUAUUUGACCCGUGCUUCAAGUGGUGAACUUGAUAAUACUGAAAUUAUCAACCAAAUAUUGAAGCUUCGGCUGGAAAAGGCGAAGCUUCUUGGAUACAACAAUUAUGCAGAGGUGAGCAUGGCAAUGAAAAUGGCAACGGUUGAUAAAGCAGAAGAGCUCCUAGAAAAGCUACGUGUUGCUUCCUGGAAUUCUGCUGUUCAAGAUUUGGAAGACAUUAAAAGUUUCUCUAAGCAGCAGGAUGCUGCUGAGGCUGACAACUUGACCCACUGGGAUAUCAGCUUUUGGAGUGAAAGGCUUCGUGAGUCCAAAUAUGAUAUAAACGAGGAGGAGCUACGUCCAUACUUUUCAUUGCCAAAGGUGAUGGAUGGCCUGUUUUCCCUUGCAAAGAAGUUAUUCGGGAUCGAAAUUGAGUCUGCUGAUGGUCUAGCUCCAGUGUGGAACAAAGAUGUUAGAUUCUAUUGUGUCAAGGAUUCCUCUGGUUCUCCAUUAUCAUACUUUUAUUUUGAUCCAUACUCUCGUCCUUCAGAAAAAAGAGGUGGUGCAUGGAUGGAUGAGGUUGUUUCUCGAAGCCGUGUAUUGUCCCGUGAUGGUUCCUCUGUAAGGCUUCCGGUUGCACAUAUGGUUUGCAAUCAAACUCCACCAUUUGGCGACAAGCCAAGCCUUAUGACAUUCCGUGAAGUUGAGACUGUUUUCCAUGAAUUUGGUCAUGCACUUCAACAUAUGCUUACCAGGCAUGAUGAGGGUCUUGUGGCUGGUAUUCGAGGUAUUGAGUGGGAUGCGGUUGAACUUCCAUCUCAAUUCAUGGAGAACUGGUGUUAUCAUAGAGACACUUUGUUGGGCAUUGCAAAACACUAUGAAACUGGGGAGACACUCCCUGAAGAUAUUUUUAACAAAAUUCUGGCAGCUAGGACCUUCCGUGCUGGUUCUAUGAGCCUUCGUCAGUUAAAGUUUGCUUCUUUGGAUUUGGAGUUGCAUACACGGUAUGUACCUGGAGGUUCAGAAUCCAUCUAUGAUGUUGAUCAAAGAAUCAGCAAGAGAACACAAAUUAUUCCACCAUUACCUGAAGAUCGGUUCCUUUGCGGUUUCAGCCAUAUAUUUGCAGGGGGAUAUGCUGCUGGAUACUACAGUUACAAGUGGGCGGAAGUGUUAUCGGCUGAUGCUUUCUCAGCAUUUGAGGAUGCUGGAUUAGAUGAUGAUAAGGCUGUCAUAGAAACAGGACGCAGAUUCCGAGAGACGAUUCUUGCUCUUGGAGGUGGCAAAGCACCUUUAGAGGUGUUUGUAGAAUUCCGUGGACGCGAGCCAUCUCCGGAACCACUUCUCCGUCACAAUGGCUUGUUAACAGUUCCAGCAUGAUCAUGUCCAUUCUCUUGUUUGGUAGGUCUGAAAAUAUAUUACCCAUUUGCCAACUUAAACCUAAUCCUUUGUGAUUACAGUUGAGAGUUGCUUCUAUAUCUCAUAAGGGACUUUUAACACAGGGCUAAUGUUUUUCCUUCUAGUAGCCUGAACUGGUCAGGUUCCGCUCUCUUGUAACUAUUUUUGAUUGGUAAUUUUGUCUAAAGAUUUUAGUUUCCACCAA